CAAUUAAUUCCAUUAACAACCAAUAAACCAAUAAAUAAAUAUACCUUUGCUUUACUUUUAUGGAAUCAAAAUCCAAUAACUGAAGUGAAUAUCCUAUAAAUACCCUCAAAACCUUUCAGCUCCACCAUUACUUCCUCUCUUUCUCUUUCACACACAUACACAUAAACACAGAAAACAUAUACGUUUAUCAACCAACAACAAGAACAAGAAAAGAAAUGGAGAAAACGCAUAGCUCUUCUUUGCUUCUUUCACUUCUAAUGAUCCUCUUUACCUUAUCUUUAGCUACUGCUUUACAAUAUAAUGUGGUGAAUUAUGGAGCGAAACCAGACGGCAAAACUGACUCAACCAAAGCCUUCGUUACUGCAUGGACACAAGCCUGUGGUUCAAGCAAGACGGUCACUGUUUAUAUACCGCCGGGAAGGUUCUAUCUACGAAAUGUGGAGUUUCGGGGUCCGUGCAAGAACAGAGCAAUCUUGAUUCGUAUAGAUGGAACCCUUGUGGCUCCAUCAAAUUAUGCGGUUAUUGGUAAUUCUGGACAAUGGCUCAUCUUUAGGCAUGUUGAUGGUGUUACUAUUUCUGGUGGAAUACUCGACGGUCAAGGUACCGGUUUAUGGGCUUGCAAGGCAUCCGGAAAGAACUGUCCUAGCGGUGCUACAUCACUUGUCCUUUCAAAUUCAAAUAAUAUAGCAAUUAAUGGGUUGACUUCAUUAAAUAGCCAAUUGUUCCACAUUGCCAUCAAUGGCUGCCGGAAUGUGAAAUUGCUGGGGGUUAAGGUCUCCGCCUCUGGCCAGAGUCCUAAUACCGACGGAAUUCAUGUACAAUAUUCAAACAGUGUCACAAUCUUGAAUUCCAGAAUUAGAACUGGUGAUGAUUGUGUAUCAGUCGGACCUGGUACCACUGACUUGUGGAUCGAAAAAGUAGCAUGUGGCCCUGGCCAUGGAAUCAGUAUCGGCAGUUUGGGCAAAGACCUCCAAGAGCCUGGUGUACAAAAUGUGACAGUUAAAACCGUUACAUUUACCGGUACUCAAAAUGGGGUGAGAAUAAAGACUUGGGGGAGACCCAGCAAUGGAUUUGUAAGAAAAGUACUUUUUCAACAUGCUAUUAUGACCAAUGUCCAAAAUCCUAUUGUCAUUGACCAAAAUUACUGUCCUGAUAACAUAAAUUGUCCUGGUCAGCAAUCUGGAGUUAAAAUUAGCGACGUGACAUAUCAAGAUAUUCACGGAACAUCGGCAACAGAAGUUGCAGUAAAAUUUGACUGCAGUAAAAAGUAUCCAUGCAGUGGGAUUAAAUUGCAAGACGUGAAGCUAACCUACAACAAUCGGCCAGCUGAUGCUUCUUGUAACAAUGCAGAUGGAACCGCUACUGGUUUCAUUCAACCCUCUAGCUGCUUGUAAAAUAUCAAUAGAUUAAAGCACAGUAAAAAAGUAAGAAGGAUUGCUGUUAGAACUUGUUCUUGCUUGAGCCUGCGGCCUUUCGAGCACAUUGUUUGGAGCCCGGCGUUGCAAGUUGCAAUUACAGUAGAUAUGGAAGUUCUUUUACUAUAAUUUAUGUAUGAAAAUAAUAUUGGUUUAUGAUUCAUUUAA